AAUGGUGCAGAAAUUCAAGCUAAUACAUUUUUUUUCAAGUUGGCUUCAGAAAUAGCAGAAUCAAAGCAACCUUACAAAGAAAUAGAGGCGCUUAUAAACAAAAGCCGCUUGGUGUUACGGACCCAAAAAUUGGCGCCGGUCAAAGACAGAGACAAAGAGAAAGAAAAGGAAAAAGAUACGAACACAAAGAACAAAAUUUUGGGCAAUUUUACGGACAAACCUGUGCGUUUGUUAUUAACAGAGGUGAAGAAUGAUGGGAAUAAAGUAGCACGCAGUAAAACUAAGAGCCCGAAAAUUGAUGAGUCUAUUAAAAACACCAACGCGUAUCUUUUGAGGAUCAAAAAAACAGAAUCACGAAAUGAAAAUAUUGACCUGCAGCUGAAGAUACCCAGUGUCGGUUAGAAUUGUUUGUAUAGCCGGAAAUAAAGAAAAAACAGAAGCUUUAAUUCCAUGAUUUUGGGAAAUCGAUGCUGUGAUUUUCCGGCGCUUUUUAUGUCGGCGUUUUUCUUUAUAUAAUAAAGUCGGUUUUGAUCUAUUGUUAUUUUCCAAAGACACCAGGGGGUAUUUCAGACUCUUUGAGUUAAAUAUUCACAGUUGGGACGCUUACUAAUGAUUCUUCACCACAUUUUAAAACAGCAGGUAUUAUUGUGGUAUUUUUUUUUUUAAGCGGCGCCUUUUUAUAGUAUUUUUG